GUAUUUUCCACAAGAUUUUUAUCCCGGGCUGCACUUGAAUCUCGAUAAUGAAGAAAAGCAGAAGUGUCAUGACAGUGACUGCAGAUGAGAACUCCCUGGAUUACCUGGAAUGCGGGCUCAGCAAAUCCUACAGCACUUCCAGCCACGCCCUGGGCAUUGACCUGUGGAGGGGCCGCCGCUGCUGCUCGGGGAACCUUCAGCUGCCCCCGCUGGCCCAACGGCAAACGGAGAGAGCCAAAACCCCCGACAGGGACAYGGUGUGCAGACCCACCACCCUGCCCCUGCUGACACCGCCCAGCAUCGCCAUCACCACCUACCACGACUGGUACAACGGCUGA